GUUGAGUUCCGUGUUCCAUUCAGUUUACCGGCACUAUUUGCACGGUUCGGAUUCCUUCUGGGCACGUGUAGCCUGGCAGACCGAUGAUGACAGAAAGCAGGCGCGUCACGUGGCUGCAAUGCCAUCGAAAUUUCAUUCAGUUAUCGGUGCGCGUUGCAACGGAAUUUACGGGGCUGUGCACAAGCAGGGAACGUGCUUCGAACCACCUGUGAGGGCAAUUCGACGAGAACGACAAUCGAGACUUUGCGCGAAAUUCAAUACGCUGGUCUGAAUGGUCUGAAUGAAUUUCCGAUCGUGGCUUUAUUCCCGGCAAAAUUGUGAGUGACAGUUCGAUGCGCGUCGCGAUCGUACAAAUCGUUCACGCGGCCGAUUAAAACGAAAUAAAUCGUAUUUAACUCUGAAAAAUGCGAGCGACGAUCGAGAGUACGCGUGCAAUCUGACUGAAUCUGUCGCUCGUUAAAAUAAAUAAAUCGAUAAUAGAUUAUCGGUGGCUCGUGACAGGUUGAAUCGACGACUUAUUAGAUCUGAAUUAACCGUGAUCAGGAAAUUUCGUUCUUGUAGAAAAAAAAAGUUAUUAAGGAAAUGACGGAUUAAAGCACCGAAGCUCCACUUAUAGUUAACCGAUAACUCAUUAAGUCCGAUUCUCCUGAGAGAUGGUUGAACCGGUUUGUGUCUCAGUAAUUACAAAGUUGACUUACGAUACGCGACUCCGCACUCCCGACAUCGGAAUUGCCUGAGAAGAAUUUUUGCCAAACGACAUAAAAUGAAUUUUGCCAAUGGUAGGAACGUCGCGUGGAAUGCAGAUUCGAGUUGCGGCGAAUUUAAUUGCGUGUGUUGAUCAGUGACUUCGGUUUCGCGGACUUCCGAAUAUGGAUACGCGGGAUGCUUGCGCGGUUGAAAUACAUCUAUUGAUAGCGAGACACGCGAGGCAUUCAUUGAAAUUGAAUGGCAAAUAUUUCGAGCAUAUUUCAAGCUCGCAAUAAUUCCCGUAAAGUCGAGAGACGAUACAAGUAUUGCUGUAAACGCGUUCUUAUACGUAUAUUACGGCUCGUCAACUGGUAGGUAAUUUAUUGCGAGAAAUUCGCGGAAUUGGAAGUAGAAUUCCAUCACGUCGUAAGAUUUCCAUCAAGAUGAUGCGAAAGGAGUAAGCAAGUUUAAUAUUGGUUUAUUAAACGGAUUAAUAUACAGUAUUGUUUUUAAAUUAAAAUCAAUCAUAAAAAAAAUUCUGGAGUAAAGAUACAAUCAACAACAGGUCACGCUGCUAUAUUUGAUCAAUGUGAUUACUCACUUAGUUUAGUAAACGAACGGCACAAUUCCGCUGAACGAGUCGCUCGUGAAGUUACGUCUAAAGUGUGAGAAAGUUAAUAAUGUUAAUAAUGUCAGUCGCGCUAUGACGUAAAAUACGAUUUCUUGGGGGCGCGUAGAAGUUAGAGACAUGCUCGUCGAAGUUAGAGAAGAUAAACAUUCGUCAGGGCUUUCCGCAAAUUAACAUUUCCACUGUCUGAGCUAUUCGAUCGAAGCGGCUAAAUGGAGUCCCGUUUUAAGUGAAGAAACCAAUCAGUACGUUUCGCGGGGCAAGCAAUUUCUCCCGAUCCCGUUGAGAACUCGUUGACGCUCCGUAUCCGAGAUAAUUAAUGGUGACUGUGUCGCGACGAGAGACUUGAUGAUGUCACUUAACAUUUUCGAUCCGGCGAAAGUGGUGGUUAUCUUAAAACAGGCAAAAACGGCAAGCGAGGUCCGCGUCGCGUGGUGCCAUCGCGCAUCUGCGAUUCCCGAUGAAUUGUCUCGGGCUGAAUCCUUUCGGCAUUCAUUGACGAUCCGUCGUCGAAACGCGCGUAACUCCGACAACGUCGCGAAUUGUCGUGGCAUGGCUAAAAGUGUCGUCGAUGCAAAAUUGAAAUUCCUCCUUUGAAAAACGCAAGAGAAAGACCGGCGUGACGAUGCUUGUACAUAAGGCUUGUAAAUACGUAACUCAAACGGCAGACCCUCUCUACGUCUAACUUGUAAGUGAAGAUUCGUGAUAGCGUGAACGUAUCGAGUGCACGUAGAUAGGUGAUCGCGAGGGGAUUUACGAAGUAGUCUAAAUAGUGGAAGGAAAAGCAGUAGAGGAAAGCAAGAGGAAGGUGCACUUUGUUCCUGCUCUUAAUGAAAAAGAUGUUGACAACGAUGUCUACCGUUUCGUUCGAAUUGAAUUCAUCCUAUUACACGACGGCGAUCGGCAACAGCGCGCUCGACGGAUUUUCAGUAAUCGAGUCGGAGAAUGCUACUUCCGCGCUAUACAUGCUGCCUGCCUACAUCCGAACCACUUCGAUGGUAGCCUGUAUUAUCGUGAUGAUUCUGGGUAUAGUUGGCAAUCUGAUGGUGCCGUUAGUCGUGCUACGGGGUAAGGACAUGAGGAACAGCACCAACAUCUUCCUGGUGAAUCUGAGCGUCGCUGACCUCUGCGUGCUCGUGAUCUGCACGCCUACCGUGUUAAUUGAAAUCAAUUCCGGCCCGCAAGUCUGGCCGCUCGGCGAACACAUGUGUAAGGCUGUUCCGUUCGUGGAGUUGACUGUAGCUCAUGCUUCGGUUCUCACAAUUUUAGCCAUCAGUUUCGAACGCUAUUACGCCAUUUGCGAGCCUUUAAGGGCGGGAUAUGUGUGCACAAAGGCAAGGGCAACCAUUCUUUGUUUCUUGGCGUGGGUGGCAGCGGCGUUGUGUACAAGUCCCAUACUGCUUAUGGUAACCUACGAGAUAGAAGAGAACGACGGUACGUACAUACCUACUUGUUCGACACCGGCUUCAACAACUUGGAUGACGGGCUUCAUCUUGACGACAAUCCUCGUGUUCUUCGUGAUUCCCUUGCUGAUCCUAAUAAUUUUAUACACGGUGAUCGCCAGACACUUGAUGGCAAAUCCGGCGAUAAGCCGUGGACCGGCAAACAAUCUGCUCAAAUAUCGCAAACAGGUGGUCAUGAUGCUGGCCACGGUGGUGCUGUGCUUCUUCCUGUGCUUGCUACCCUUUAAGGCUCUCACGCUCUGGAUCAUCGUCGUGCCGCCUAAGAUGGUCGUAUCGCUCGGCAUAGAGGGCUACUAUAGCCUCCUGUACUUCUCCAGAGUUAUGUUGUACCUGAACUCGGCGAUUAAUCCGAUCCUUUAUAAUCUAAUGUCGACCAAAUUCAGGGAAGGUUUCCUCAAACUGUGCGGCCUGGGACCCGCCAAAAGGAAGAAAAAGAAAACGUCUGAGCGUACGGGCACUUACACGACCGGCUCGACUAAUUGCAGCAGCAGCCACUCGGACUUCUGGCGAAGACACAGCAGCAACAGGAGCUGCAGCGUGAAGGGAUCAGAAAUUCGCUAUUCCGCUGGAAUCAGCGAUAAAAUCCGACCACAGAAGCAAGAUAUUGUUAAAAGUCGGCACAAAAGCGAAAACGAAAUCGCAAGUUUUAUACAUAAAUCAGAAAUUAAUUGAAUUUUAAACGGCACACCUUGUUAUUGAACGUGGCACGUAUGGUAGGUAUUUUCUACGAUGCUGGCAUCUGAGGAGAAAUAUUAUGAUAUUUAAGGAUAUAAGAGUUAAGAUGCGAAGUAAGAUUUCUUUUUGAAGCUGUCGCAUACUAAUGCCAAGUAGCAAAUUUUAGGCGAAGCAUUUGAAAAACUUUUAUGCGGUUGUAUAGAAAUAGCCAUGUAAAACGUUAUAAGUACUUUUUAUCUUUUAACAUUAAUUGUCUUUCUGAUAAAGUAAGACUGAUAUAAAUAUGACAUGAUCAAUAUAUUUAUUGUCGAUUUAACAAUAAUAUUAUUUAACGAACAUAGCGUAGCCGCUUGAAAGGAUUACAUCGUUAAUUGUACCUUAGUACAAUUUUUUUUCAGAUAAAUACAUUUUAAUAAAAAAUUAACGCAUAAACAUUUUUGCGAUAGUUUAAAUAUUUAUUUUUUAUUUAUUACAAUACUGUACAUUACAAGAAUUUAUUAUAGUAAUGUCAUUACAAGAAUUGUAAUUAUAAUGAAAAUUUUAUUAUUACAUAUUGUAUCAUUAAUUAUUCAUACAUUAUUUUAUUUGAAAUUGAUCAAUUCUUUAAUGCAUUUAAUGCCAGUGAAAAUUUGUUAUGAUUAAUAUUUAAUCCGAUAACUUUACUAAUAUUAUGCUUUAUGCUCAUAAAUAACAAUAAGUUAUUGAUAAAAUUAUAAUAAUUAUUGUCUAAUAAGAAUAUCGAAAUUUGGUACUGACGAAAAUGCACAUCCAUGAUAAAUAGAUUAUUAAUGUUAUAUCAAUGUUAUGUUGGUAUCAAAUAUUACAGAUAUUAUUAAUAUCUUUAUGAUGUUUAGUCUGUUAAGUCAAUUUUACUGUAAUGUGCAUAUUAGAACAGAGAUAAUAAUCAGCGAUAUCCGAACAUGACUAGUCAAAUUUAUAAUAAAAAUAUAAAUAUAAAUUAUUAAUGAAUAUAUAUAAAAGAGAUCUCUAAAUCGAAUAUAUUUAAUUGAUGCUUAUUUAUUCUUUGAAUUCAUUUGCUGAAUCAUCUCUGUACAAACAUGUGCAUUAUCAUAAAAAAAACAAAAAGUAUUACAAAUAACUAAGAAUACAAAAUAAGUCAGAAAUUAAUUAUUUUCUCUCGUUAAUAAAGAUGCCUGUAUUCAAAACUGAAUUUUUAUAAAAUCUAAUUGCGAAUCAUUAAUGUAUAAAUUAUUUUUGUUUAAUUAAUUUUGUUAAAUUGAUAAUUAAAACUUAUGAAUAAAAUAUCUAUUAAAAUAAACUUAUUUUGAAUGUACUAAAAAUUUGAUGUGUAAUCAAAUUUGCUUAAUUUCCGAUGUCAAGUAACUACGGAAUUAAUUCUUUUGAUAAAUUUUCCCGUGAGAGAAAUCAUCUUCUACUUCAUCAAGAAAUUCAUUUCAACAAAUAGACAAUGAGAGAAAAUGCAUAAGUUCUGAUUACAAAUAUGUGAGAAGAUUUAUUUUAAGUUAAUGUAUAUUAAUAUUAUUUUAACUAAUAUAAAUGUUUGCAUGUUAACAAUUCUCUCGCAAUUCUAAAAGUUUAAAAAAUUAAUUUUGUUAAAAAAAAUCACAGAAUAUUAUUAAUACUUAUUUAACAUGAUGAGAAUUAAACGUAAAACAAAAUAACAUAUAUUAAUCUCUAAUCUGUGUUGCAUAAAUAUUUGUUAAUCUUAGUGAGAAUUGU